AAAGCAGUAGUAGUCCUGUGAAACUUUCAAACAAAAAGUCGUGCCAGUGAGAUAAGAUACUUCUCUAUCUCUCAAACAAAGCUUUCAAGUCGUAUGGACUCUAUAUUUGAGCAAAGUCGCUCCCUCAGGACACGGUCGACUCGAUUUGAUGAAUAUCGCCCUCGAAAUAUGGAAGAUGGGGUUUGGAAUUUGAUACUUUGAGAAUUGAUCUGGGGCCCAGCCAAGGCUAUUUUUAGAAAUAUACUCAGGUAGCUUGACCUUAUCGCGCAUCGCCGUACGGAGCUCUUAGAAAUCAACAUCACUCACGAGUGGUGAUGUUGGUCCCACAAUCGAAGAGACAAUUGUCAAGGCGUGUCAAUAAUGGCCAGAAUUGAUCUGGCUAGGGUCAUGGGUCAUAAUGGCGACGAGGAGAAGGGCUCGAUGCUAUCAGGCGUGCGGCAAUCUUGCACCUCGCGACCUUCGCGCAAGACUCUUUGGACUUUUGCGGCUAUGGUUGUUGUGUUGCAAGGUCUGCUGGUACUCAAGUGGUUCUUCUAUGAUCAGGAAGUUGUUGUAACCCCUCCCUAUGAUGUCAAUGAAACAGUUGGGCUCGUCGCAGCGUACUAUGAGCUACUUCGAGAUAUGCGCUACCUAGGACGAGACUCCAUUGCAUAUCCACCCCAUGUAGGAGACAAAGCGAUCAAUCGAACUCUGGCUAUCGAUAUCCUUGGCCUCGAUGCAAAAGUCUACGAGACCUUACUCCUACUACCAUAUAUCACCCCCUACGAAGACGCGUGGGAUACAGACAAGGGAAGACUCCUCGCCGAAGAAGAAUUGGCAGAUAAACACGCCUCAGAAGCAUCUUGGUGGGGUGGCUGGAUGGGCCAGACGAGAACAAUAUUCUGGCGAAACGGACACUUUGUUGAUUACAGGAGCGAUGGCCACCUAUUGCUGUCGCGAGAUCCUCUGCUUGAGACCAACUUUCGGCCAAACAAGUCAAUGGACACUUUACUUCCGGAUUAUGGAGCUUUACCCAAGAGUGCAAUACCACUCUCGUUUCUACGCUUCCAACGAUUUGGCCUCGUACUAGUGUUGGAUACGGCAAGCAAUCGUAUCGUUGUUUUGGAUACUCAGAGCUCUGGCUCCAAGGAUCCCUUCUUCGAUCGAUUUAAGUCUAAUAAAUGGCCGCUUCACUACAAGAUACCUAAGACGAAGUUUUAUGGACAAGAAAUGCACGGUCGAUUGGCACCAGACCUGCUUCGGGAGUUCAUACAUCUGACAAGUCAUCUGGAGCCAGGCUACAUUCCUGGUUCUAUUCGCACUGACGAGCUCUAUACUCCAGAGCUUAGUCCUCCAAAAUGGGAAAGGUGGAUCAAAGACCUCUACAAGCAAUAUGGCUGGCCGUCCGCAGAACCUUUGGAGGAGUGCCAAUUCUUGUCUCUUCGUCGCCAGAACCACACUUGUGAUCACGACCCCAUGAAAAAUUUCCAAGCUCCAGCCUUUUCGGCGGCUAUGGCGAAAUUAAGACACGAGAUCUCUGUCAAGUAUUUGAGAGAUUGGUAUUGUCCUGUUCCUCGAAAGCAGGAGAUCAUCGACAAGAUGAAGGCCCAGAAUUUGUUGACGGAUGAGCAGCUUGCAUAUGCAAAAAGCGACGAGCCUGUUAUUCCUUUGAACUUGGAGAGCUGGGGUGGGAAUCUGGUGUUUAUGCAAUCUGGUCCGGACUGAAGGUAUGGUAUGAUGCGUAACGAUGACAAAGGGAGGAGUGGGCCGACUUCGUUCCAGAUGAGUACCAAGCAACUUUCGGAGCGAGAUUCAUGAUUCGGGCCAAGUGGUCGUGAAUUGAUACGGGGCCGGACAUUG